AUGUAUUGUGCUCCACAGCGUGAUGCAAGUACGGAACCGAAGGAAACUGAACGAACUCAAUUACCAGCAGAGACAUCCUCUCCGCCACCGCCGACGAAGUCUGAGACGCCGGCCCCAAGUCCGUCAUUGAAGAACCUGAGUUACUCCAAGCUCAUCAAUUCAAUCCAACUGCUAGAAUCCAAGGUCAUCUCGACCGAAGAUCAACUUGCGACUACCCUUCAAGAGAUCUCCAGGCUCAAAUCCUUCCCACCACAGGCCCAAGAGUCUGAGCAACUAAGAGAUGAAUCUCAGCCACGCUCUUCCACAGCAAAAUCGGCGUCAUCUAUCAACAAGAACGAAGCCGCACUUCAACAUGCAGAGAACAUCUUCACCCGUCACAUAGCUCUAUUGAAGGAGUACAACGAGAUCAAAGAUAUCGCCAUGGGAAUGUUGUCGCUCAUCGCAGAUAAGGAAGACCGACGACUGGUGGAAGUCAUGGAGGAACGAGGAGUGAGUGAGAAAGAUUGA